AUCUGAGAUUUAAUAACAAACUGGAAAUGGAUUGUUGAAUAUUGAGGUUAUGAGAUAAAAUCCGAGGAAACCGCUCAUUAUCUUCAGAAGUUUCUGGUAGCCUCUGGACUCUCUAUAAUUAUUGUUUAUUAACAGAAGUGUAUGUGUUAAUGAGUAAUAAAAUGCCGAGUAGAGCAGCUGAUGAAAUACAACUGGACAUCAACGACAUCGAGUCGGUUAUUUCUCUGGCUAAACGUCAGAAAACGAAGGAUUUGCUCACUCUGGAGCUAAGAAAACUGCAAACGGAAUUGAUAAAUCUCAAGGAGAAAGAGUUAAAUGACAACGAGCCAUCGAAAUCAAUUCCCAACAGUUCAGCUUCGAAAUGCUAUACUGUAAAAUUAACCAAUUACGCAUGGGAUGAAUCAGAUAAAUUCAUGAAGCUGUACAUUACCUUGAAGAAUGUCCACACAGUACCAGCGGAUAAUAUAACGUGUGAUUUCAAUGAUAGGUCUGUGCACCUUCGUGUCUUUGGCCUUGACAACAAGAAUUACGAGCUGCCAAUCUCAAAUCUGUGCGAUGACAUCAAUCCUGAUAAGAGUUACACAAAAUCUAAGACUGAUAUGAUUGUCGUUUUCUUGAUGAAAAAAUCACCGAAACUUUGGUCACAUGUAACUGAAAUUGAGAAAAGGAUCAAGGAAGGCAAAGCACCGCUAGUACCUGAGGUGGGAGGUAGCAGUGAUCCAGAACCGAAUUUGAUGAAUCUGAUAAAAAAAAUGUACAUGGAGGGUGAUGAUCAGAUAAAGAGGAGCAUCGCCAAGGCCUGGACUGAGGGCCAGGAUAAACGAGGCUCUCCUGGACUUGAUUUUCCCUCGAUGUAACUUUAGUUCACAUUUUAUUUCAUUUUUUUUCUCGAUUUUUCAUAUUGAUUAUUGAUAAUAGAUAGGACUGAGACCAAUAAAAA